AUUAUUACUCAAAAUAGUUCUUUGGACUCUGUGACAUGACCUUAAAACUACAAUCGCCCUUGAGUACCGCAGCUACUUGGACGUCUUGAUUUGGCAAAACUUGACCUUCUGGUUUCGCAUUCACUUUGCAAAGUGCCCUUUACUUUUUAAAGUCGAACGAUUUUGUAACAUCUAGUUGCCUUUCGUGUUAUCAAAAUAACUGUGUAAUAUAAUAAUUAUGCUUUUUGAUGGUACCUGUUAGAGGUGCAAGCCCAUCGCUCUAUACAACAUCAGCCAGGGAAUUUAGAUAAUACCCCGUACAAAAGUAUAUGGAGAUGAUAAUGUGAAGUAGUACAUAAAAUUGAAAAUUUUAAAAAAUCCCCGAAUGUCGUGAAAUUAUUAAUUACACUCUCAAUCAAUUCACUUUGAUUUGAGACCGUAUUCGAGUAUAUUUGCGGACAAUCCAAUUCCACCCCCCACAACUUUUAAACGGCUCAACCGAUUUCCAUCAAACAUGUCUAAGAACACUCGUCCGUAAGUCACCUUUUAAUAAAAAAAAAAACUGAAUUGAAAUAGCUUCAUACGUUUGGGAGCAAUACACGUCAGACUUAUAACACCCCUUUUUUCGUCGGGGGUUACUAAGGAUCUGGUUGAAUAUUUGGUUUAAUAAAAGUAUGUUUAUUGAAGAAAAAUACAUUUUUAUUUAUGACUCUUCUAGAGAAAACUGUUCGCCGGUGUACCAAAGCGGCGAAGUAACAUUUGAAGCUGUAUAGAACAAACAAACCAAUCCAAAUUAUUCAACAAAUGUCGUACAACGCAGGCUGCAUCGUGAAGUGGUGUGCACUGCACUGCACUGCUCGAGUGUGCAAGUGUGCAAGUGUCGCGAUGCUGCUGGCGGGCGCGCUGCUGCUGCUGCUGCUGCUGCUGCUGCUGCUGCUGGCCCGGCCGCGCCGCCUGCUGCCGCUGCACCGGCAGACGGCGGUCAACUUCCCCUACAUCCCGCUCGUCGGACACGCUUACAAGUUUAUAGGAUCUAAUGAAGAUCGCAUGCAGAUGUUCGACGAGCUGGCCCGGCAGGCGCACGACAACCCGCACGGCGUCGCCAGCUUCUGGCUGGCGCACUACCUGUGUGUCUCUAUCUCGGAGCCCGUGGCGGCGAGCGCGGUGCUGAGAGCCUUCACCGACAAGUGGCCGGUCACGCUGUCCAUGCGCCACCUGCUGGGCAACGGCUCUGUGUUCGGGGAAGGUGAGCUUCAGAGCAUGCUGAGUACCAUCUCUCCAGGAACUAUCUCGGAGCCCGUGGCGGCGAGCGCGGUGCUGAGAGCCUUCACCGACAAGUGGCCGGUCACGCUGUCCAUGCGCCACCUGCUGGGCAACGGCUCUGUGUUCGGGGAAGAAGAAAUAUGGCGAGUUCGCCGGAAGAUCCUCGUCCCGGUGUUCAACUCCAGGUACUGCGACGAGUUCGUGCAGGUGUUCGAGCGCAACAACAAGACCAUGAUCGGGCGGCUGGCGGCGGCGGCGGGCGGCGGGGACGUCUCCUUGUGGGGCUACCUCAGCUCCUACGCGCUGGACUCGGCUUUCGACAUGACGUUCGGUGAGAACGUGAACGCGCAGAACGACCCGCAGCAGCCGUUCGCGCGCGCCUUCCAGCAGUACUUCACGAGCGUGGCGGCGCGCGUGUGCCAGCCCUGGCUGUUCAGCGACGCGCUGUACGAGCUGCUGCCCGCCGGCGCGCGCCAGGAGCGGCGCCGCCGGCUCAUGUGGGACUUUGUGGAGCAGGUGACUAAUGCUAGACGAACGUGAACGACCCGCAGCAGCCGUUCGCGCGCGCCUUCCAGCAGUACUUCACGAGCGUGGCGGCGCGCGUGUGCCAGCCCUGGCUGUUCAGCGACGCGCUGUACGAGCUGCUGCCCGCCGGCGCGCGCCAGGAGCGGCGCCGCCGGCUCAUGUGGGACUUUGUGGAGCAGGUGACUA